AUGAGUGAUUAUGAAAGUGACAGUGACGAUCCAUAUUUAAUUAAUGCAGGACUUCCAUCAGGAAACUACUAUAGAAUUAGACGUGCUAUUAUUCGUUUAGAGCAAAAAGAUCUCGAUUUGCAAACUAAAAUUCACGAUUAUCAAAUCCAAAAUCAGAAGCUUAAAGAAAAACUUGCUAGAUUACGUGUAAAAGCAGCAGAAACUGAUAAAUUGGAAGCGAGAUUUGAGAAGAUUUCUUCACAUCUCAUAGAAAGCCCAACAACUCAAAAUCCUUAUUCACCAGCCAAAUGA